AUGGUUAGGAAUCCAGUAUUAAUCAAUCAAAGUGGUGAUAACAAUGCUCAUUUUCCUAUCUACACUCCGAUGACCAAUUUUCAGACUCACAAUAACACUUCUUUGGGUAUUAACCGAACUCCAGUUAGCACUCCAAUGGUUCCUUAUGAAAGUUGCGGUAACGCCACGAGCAUCAACAAUCAGAAUCAGGUGACAACAAAAGGAUUAAAAAAAAGAGUUAAAGAUGUCCAAACAUCAAUUGGCAAAAAGGAUUUGAGUGUUGAAGAAGAAGAAGCUUUGACAAACGCGUGGUUAAAUGUGUCUUUGGACACUAUUGUGGGUAACAAUCAAAAAGCUAUUGCCAUGUGGGUUCGUAUCCAUCAAAUAUGGAAGGAAAACAUGGGGCCUGGAUGCAAAUAUCUUAGAUCUUCUAAUAGUUUACAGUGCCAUUGGUCCAUAAUACAAGCAGCGGUAAACAAUUUUGCAGGACAUUAUUCUAAACUAGAGAGACAUCCUCAGAGUGGUACAAACUCAAAAGACUUGAUUCACAAGGCGUUGGGUAUGUACGAGGAUAUAGAAGGUAGCAAAUUUAAAUGGGUUCAUUGCUGGGAAAUAAUGACUAAAAAUCCAAAAUGGCAGUCGAAACAUGAUAAGAACAUUGCACCAGAUACGCAAGCGGGUGAUGAAAACAAGUCGCCUACAUCUGAAGAAUCUUUGUUGAAUAUCAUUGAUGAUAACAUAACACCUGAAAGUAAUAACUGUGAUGGUGUGGGACGAGCAACAGGAAGAAAAAAGAGUAAAGAAAAGAAGCGAAAGUUGCGUGAUGAAAAUUGA